AUGUCUCGAAACACACAACGGGAGUCUUUCAAGACUCCUAGAUCCAAAAAGUCAAAGAAGCCCAAGAAAAUCACCGAUUACUCUUCCGACUCUUCAUAUGCUGGCGUGGAUCUCAUCAGUGAUUCCGAGGACAAUGAUUCAGAUGACGAGCCCGAUGCAUUCGGGCGGGCCGGGGGGUCAAGGAUCGAGCAGUAUGAAGAAGCUGCUAUGUUAGAAGAAGACGACGAUUUAGAGACUAUCGAAGAAGAUACCGAUGCACAAGACACACCUCGGGCAACUAAUAACGAUGAAGAAUGGGGAGGAUUUGAGGAUUCCUCGGAAGAAUUACUCGAGAGUCCUGGAUUUUUUGAAGAUAAUCUGCUCGGCAUCCAGGGUGCCAAAAAGCGAGUUACAUUCGCCGACGAAGAUUCAGACAGCAGCAUCUCUGACGAUGAGUCUGUCAACUGGCAUCCCGACCUAUUCGAAACGAACACUUCGGCUCAAGGUCCCUUUUUAAGUGCAGAUGCGCUCCCCCUUCAUCUUGCCAGAGGCUUGGAUGAUAACACAUAUAAUGAUGAUCCUGAUUCUGACACGGAACAAUGGGGAAAUGGGAACAACGAUUCUGAUGACUCCGAAGGGAGUGAUAGUGAUGAUUCCGUUGCAUCUGGAUACCAAUCUGACCUUGGUGAUGAUUUUGGUGGAGACACAACUGAUGAUGAAGAUUGGAGAGAGAACCGUCCAGACGCCGACGACCCCGUUCCUAGAGGCGAAUCACCAGCCCCUCCACCAUGCCUUGGUUUCCGAAUCCAAAGGAAGAAAGGCCAGCCUGAUGUCAUUACUUGGUAUCAUAACACUGACGUACCAUUUGUUAUAUUGGACGAGCAAGGAAAAGACCUUUUGAUGUACUGUUCCGACCCCACCAGACUACAGGAUAAAAGCUCACCUUCACCCAUUAGAAACGGCAGCAUGGAACAGUACAACCCAGUCCUUAGCAAUCAAGCGAACAUUAUGAUGAGUGCAGUGUCAGAUGGAGCAUCAGAAUUUGGAUCCUACCACACUGGCAACCCAGAAGCCUUCUUCGAAAACCCUCUUUCCGUGGAUGAUAACGUCGCACGCCCGACAAGUAGUUCAUCCAAUGAUGAAAGCGAAGACCAAAGUGAACCUCUCCAGUGGGGCGACUUGCUUCACAUGGAUGAGGCAAUGACAGAUGACGAGGAUGGACGUAAUGACGGUCCAGUCGAAGCGCCAUCAUCUACCCCUGCUCGACCAACCACUUCCGACGGACUUCAUCCCCUUUUAGUACAUCUCGACAAAGGUACUAAUGUUGGUGCCUUUCGCCUCAAUCGACAAAACGAAAACCUCAUCAACAGCAAUACUAUCUCUAAGGAUGCACUUGCAUUUGGGACCUCCACAAUUAAAGGUGUCAAAAAUGGACAUCUCGAUUCUCUCACAAGUUCUCUAACCCCACGACGAAAACCCAAAGCUCUCAUGCCCUCAAGUCCCGCUGGUGACGUCGCUAAGCGAAAGCGGAAAUCAAAUGGUGCAUUACAGGGACGUCAACCCCACAAGAGAAGUCGCAGCAAAGCGUAA